GAACAGCAGUAGCGUUAAGGCAGUCCGAGAGAAUGGCUCGCGGCGUACGCUGGAGCGUCCUGCUGGGCCUCGCGCUGGCCCUAAUCGCGCCCUACACCGCUGCCCUGUCCAAAAACGAUUUAUAUCCAUACGCGGAUUCGGGCUCCUUGGUCCUCGAGAGCGACCCGAACCGGAUGCUAAUAUCCGCGGAGGCGAUCCUCAAAACUCCCAUCGCUUUCUACGAUAAAAUCUACAAUUCUAUAUUCGUAAAUGGAAAUGGCGUUCUUUCAUUCGCAAGAGCUAUGCAAAGAUUCUUCAACAUUGCGUUUCCUCUUGAUGAUCCAGUAAUUGCGCCUCUCUACACACAUGUCGAUACAAGAGGUUCGGGAAUGGUUUAUUAUAGUGAAAUCGAUUCUCCCGAAAUUCUUGCUAAAGCUGGAGGACUAAUUCGAAGCGCCUUCAAGGAAGCCAUCGACUUCGUACCUACGCACGUCUUUUUGACCACUUGGGUGGAUGUUGGUUAUUACAAUGAGCGUAACGAUAAGGUGAAUACUUAUCAAGUCGCUAUAUCAUCCAACGGUUCGCAUUCCUUUGUUGAACUGCUAUACCCGGAAAAUGGUAUACAGUGGAUUCAGGGUGAAUCGCAUCCCAGCGGGCUCCCGGAUGCCAAGGCGCAGGCAGGAUUCAUGAGCGAGGGCAAAAUGUAUACCCUGAGGGGCUCGGGCACAGACCAAAUUCAGAAUGUCGACAAGUGGUCGAAUGUAAAUAGGCCUGGCCACUGGCUGUUUCAAGUCGGCCCUUUCGACGAAGGCGAAAAUAUAAAAAUUCCCGAUAAUAUCCAAGAUACUACAACUGUGCAUCAAGCGGCCAGCUGCAGGACCGGUGCUACCACUUGUCAUAGCAAAGCAAUCUGCGUCGAUUACGAGAUCGGAUUCUGCUGCAGCUGCAAGCAGGGUUAUUUUGGCAACGGGAAAUCCUGCCAGCCAAACGACGUGCCUCUUCGUGUUAUUGGCCGGAUAUCUGGCGAGCUCAAUGGCGUGGAAUUUCCGUCAAGAGAUCUUCAGUGUUACGUGCAAACCAAAGAUGGACGAACAUAUACUGCCUUGUCAAGAAUACCACAAGAAAUCGGCGCCAGUUUUCAACUUCUAGGAAAUUUAGGCGGGGUGAUCGGUUGGCUGUUUGCCAAAUCUAUUAGCGACACUGAAAACGGAUAUGAACUUACAGGUGGUUUAUUUAAUCACACGGCAGAGCUGGUCUUCCCAUCAACCGGCGAUAAAGUGACGAUUCGCAGCAAUUAUCUUGGAUUGGACGUCUUUGGUCAACUAAAGAUGGAAGCGAACAUCAAAGGUUCGGUGCCACUUAUCGAAAGGGACACUCAAGUGGACUAUGGUGAUUACGACGAACUCUACACUCGUACCCAAGCGGGAGUGAUCCGUGCCCAAAGCGAGCGUACUUGCAAACUAUCACGCGGUGGGGAAGACGAGCGGGAAAUCGCCUUCAUGCUGGACCAGAUAAUUAGCUAUCAGGAAUGUCCGCACGCUGUCUUCGAUCCCGAGUAUGACACGACCAGAUUGAAAUUUUCCAGAGGCAUCACUACUUACGAGGCUACCGAGGGUAUCAUUCGAUUUGCCGUCAACACAAAGAUAACGCUCCUCGAAGAGGAGGAUCCGUGUAUUCAGGGACGACAGACUUGCGGUGAUCACAGCUCCUGCGUGGUGGAUGAGGAUAGUUUCAAAUGUGUGUGCAACACAGGGUAUCAGUAUCUAUAUGAAGAGGACGGCAGUGCGGUUUGCGUAGACGUGAACGAAUGCACGGCCGGUAAUCACAUGUGUUCUCCAGACGCUCAAUGCAUUAAUCAAGAAGGCAGUCAUACGUGUCAAUGCAGAGCUGGUUUUAGCGGGGACGGUCGACUUUGUGAAAGAUUGCCAUCUUGCGAAGAUACUCGCUGCGGGGAUUAUGAACAAUGUGCAAUGAUCAAAGGUGCACCUAUGUGUGUCUGUAUGCCUGGUUUCGAAGAAACAGAACAAGGCUGUUUACCCGCUCAGCAUGUAUCCUGUAACGAAGAGGAUAACUGUUCGCCCUACGGGGUUUGCAGUUUUGACGAAAAUAGGAAGAAGUAUGUUUGCGAGUGUAUGCCCGAUUAUGUCGGCGAUGGAUACACGUGUUACUCCGAAUCCGAUAUCACCACCACAACAGACGAAUCACCGCAACCGCAAUGUCUAACUGAGGUGUGUUGGUGUCCGACCGGUUGGGAAUUCCGUAACCAUGCCUGCGUAAGGCAAGAGGGAGAGGAGUCUACGACAGUUGACUAUAAGUUGAGAGAUUUAUCGGCACAUCCGCUCCCGGAAUGCUUCGACGACGUCUGCAUAUGUCCCAUGGGAUACGAUUACGACCAUUUGGAACAAAUUUGCGUUCCGCUGCCAGGAUACCACCACGACACGAUGGGUCCAUCAGGAUCUAACCUAUCUUGCAACGUGGUGAACAGGUGUCAUCCCUACGCGCAAUGCAUCUACGUGACGAGUACCGGCGAUUACGAGUGCCGCUGCAAUCCGGGAUACGAGGGCGACGGUAUGGAAUGCACCAAGACAGAGAUAUCCUGCUUGGAAGUGGACAUCUGCGAUCCCAAUGCGUCUUGCCAGCACGAGGAGCCGCUAGCAAAGUGCGUGUGCAAUCCAGGAUAUGAAGGCGAUGGAACAACAUGCAGUCCUAUCGAUGAGUGCAACGAUAAUUCCGAAUGCGAAGAGAAUGAACGAUGCACCUACCAUCCCAUCAGCUCGCGCUACGAAUGUACUUGCAGUCCCGGAUAUAGCUUAGUGGACGAUCGAUGCGUGCUAUCGGAUUGCUCGACGAAUCCUUCUCAAUGCCACGUCAACGCGCAGUGCGUGUCGUCCGGCGACGGCGGCUAUAAAUGUGUCUGCAUAAGCGGCUAUCACGGCGACGGUAUGCGCCAGUGCGUGGAGGAUCAUAUCGGCUGUAACGUUUUGAAUAACUGCGGUCGAAACGCAGUUUGUGGAUACAAUCAAACAUCCGCAAAUUUCGCCUGCAUUUGUCAACCGGGUUACUAUGGUGACGGUUUCACGUGCCUUCCUCACACUUCGUGUAGACGCGACCCGAAUCUCUGCUCUUCGGACGCAUCAUGCGUGUCGGCCGGCGAAAACGAAUUUGCUUGCGUCUGCAACGAGGGUUUCAUCGGCGACGGCAUCAAUUGUAAGCACCGGCCGAAGCACGACUCCAACUUUUUGCUGGUAAACCAAGGAAUGGCUACGCAUCGGAUACCAUUCGUGCCUACGCAACAGAAUCCAGGAAAUCCCAUCUACAUAGCUUAUACGCAAAUGGCGAUUGCCCUAGAUAUCGAUUGCUUCGACGGCAAAGCUUACUCCAGUGAUAUUACUGGUAACAGAAUAGUGGAACUAUCUUACAACGGAUCGAUGGCGCAAACAUUUAUUCCGAAAGUUAGCAGUCCCGAAGGACUAUCGGUCGAUUGGGUCUCAAGAAACAUUUUCUGGACCGAUUCAGGCAAGACGACCGUCGAGGUUGCCAGUCUUGUAACAAAGAAACGCAAAGUCCUCGUUUCCGAUGGUCUGGUCAAUCCGAGGGGAAUAGCUGUUCAUCCAUAUCGGGGAAAAAUAUUUUGGUCUGACUGGAAUCGUGCCUCUCCAAAAUUGGAGUGGGCUAAUGAAGAUGGUACAGACCGAGCCAUCUUCCUUCAGGGUGAUUACGUUAAGCUACCAAAUUCAUUAAGUAUUGAUUGGUCGACGGAUGAACUGUGUUGGGCCGACGCUGGGACGUUUACGAUAAGCUGUAUCGAAAUAGAUAGCAAAAAAGUCAACAUCGUCGCUAAUGAACUUACUUAUCCAUUUGGCUUGGCAAUAUCUCAAAAUUAUUACUAUUGGACUGACUGGAAAACAAAUAAGAUCGAAGUCGGUAUAAAAAUUAAUGGCGAAAGACGCACCCCGUUAUCUGUCCCGCCAGGCGGAAGUGGAAAACUGUACGGCAUUGUGGUCGUUCCUGAGUCAUGUCCUAGAAUAACCAAUGUGUGCCAGUACGACAAUGGCAGGUGUAACAAGGAUCAACUAUGUUUACCGGACGGCCAGGGCGCUAGAACGUGUGCGUGCGCAGACGAUGCGAAAGAAUCUUGCACCGACUCCCGUUAUCCGUCUUAAAUCCGUCCUCAAUCUCGUACAGAAAAGAAGUAACGCAAAAUCUUGUCUCGUGCUGAUUCUUUAGCCAAUAAGCAAGUCUCGCGAAUUGGCGCUCAUAUCGAGCUAAAUCAUAAGUAAUCACUAGAUCAAGUGUAAAUUAUGACAUUAAUCUUAAUAUUGAUUAGUCAUCGACAUCCUCAAAUAACAUCUACUUUUGUAUCUAUCAAUCGCGACGCACAAACUGUAUUGCGAUUUGAUCUUAUUUAAUAAAAGUGAAGGAAGCACUGACGAGCGAUGCUUUACAACGUAA